UGCAUGUUGGUCAUGACACAAAUGGCGGAUUAUACGAAGGUUGGAAAGUGAAGAAAGAAACUUUUGCCAAUUGCACAAAGAUUGAUUGAAAAACACUGGCUUCAACAUAAGAUAAUUGGACGUUAUAUUUAUUUAAAUUUAUAUGAGAUACUUUUCUUGAUGUUGUAUGCUGUGUAGCAUUGUACAUAGAAAUAUAAAUAUUGUAAAUAUCACAACGGCAGGUAUUUUGAAACAAAACUAUUUGCUGGACAUUUUGUUAGAAUAGGAUUAUGCGCUGAAUUAUGAGUAACAUAAGUCUUGGAGGAAACCAUGGACACAGCAUCAACUUUGACGGAGCCUCACUACAGAAUGAGCAGGAGGCUGAGUACAGGAAAGAAGAGGAGGCACAACAGAAUGAGCUCCGAGCACUUCUUAGCAAUGCUUUCGAUGACUUGAUCGAUGAUGAUGACAUUCUCUCUAUCACCUCCGAUGAUGGAACAGACUCUCGAAAUGUCAGUCUGGUCCGUCGCCAUAGCAAUGACAGCAUGGGGCGACCAUCUUUGGAUGAUAUGAACAAAAACAGGAUUGAUGAGCAACCAGAACAAGACUGGACUCACACAAGUAAUGACCUUCAACAACACCAAAGGUCAAAUCAAGGUCAUGACCCCAGGAAUCUUAAUAGGAUUCCACAACCUCAGCGUGCACGGUUUGAGCCUCUUUCAAGGACUCAGGAGCUCCCUAGGGGCCAGAUUGACCUUUUACGGGCCAGUGUGGAAAGUUUGCCUGCUUACCCUUCUGCAGGUCAUGAUGAAAUUCAAGGUCAUGGUCAUGGUAACUUUGAUAAUCAUAGUAUUCCGAGUCGUCAUGGUAGUAGAGAUCAUCUGGAUAGUGAUUAUCAUAGUAAUGCUGAGGAUAACGCACAAAGUGUUGAAUUUCGUGGACAUGUGUAUCCAUUGCCUAGCAACCAAUGCCACAGUCAAGGACAGAUAAGCAGACAAACCUCUCAUAGUGAUACAAGAAGUGAAAUGUCUGACAGAGAAAAUACUUUAAGAAAAAGUAUUGAAGAUUUUGAAAAAAUUAAAGAAGCUUACCAAAGUCAUCAGUUACCGGUUUCUAUUCCUCAGGGUCAAGGUCAUGAACAUGGUUUCUAUAGUGAUAGUGAAGUUCAUGCACCAAUAGCAACACAUCAGCAUUAUCAUGGUACAGAUCAAACUUUUGAUCCUGAACAGUACCAUUAUCCUCAUCCAGAUCAAAAUCAGGGUCAGCCAGUUCAUCACCAUGGUUAUGGGGAACAUUACCAUGACAACCCACAUGUACAUCAUGAAGAUACGCAUCAUCAUUUUCGGAAUAUUUAUGCAGACCGGCCCUAUCAUACUAUUGGUGAAAGGGGUGAGACUGAGGGAGGCAAUGUGGUGCUUGAUAGUAUGGGAUAUUAUCACCCUGGUUAUAAUCAGACUCAUGUUUACCAUGGCAACCAAGAAAUUGACCAAUCAGAGCAAAGGAAUCAGGAAUGCUUGUCUCAGCAGACUUUUAAUGGCAGUGAUCCAGGAUAUUUUUCUCGAGUGAAGGAUAAAGCGUCAACCAUCUUGACAAACACUACUCAGCAGAUUGCAAACUCUCAAAUUACAAAUAACAGUGGUGUGACAACCGGUAGAAAAUUACCCCAAGUGAAAUACAGACUACAAAAUGUUCAGGGUGAAACAAAAAAGGACCAAAACAAGGGAAAUAGUAAUAGUAACAGUGCAGUCCCUAAUAAUGGCCAAGAAAAUGGACGUUCUCAUGAAGCGAGAGAAAGGGUCUCCGAAGAAGGGAGCUACAAAGUGAAAUAUGAGCGGGAUAGUGGGGGCACCGGGUCUAGAAAAGGGGACAGGAGAAGGGUUGAAGAGAAUAGUGAAGAUGUAGACAAGGAUUUUAUGGACCAAGUUGGCAGCGGGGACAACCAACAACUAGCACAGCUGCAGAUCCUAUACAAGGCUCGUGGGAGGAAAAUAGAAGAGCUUACCAAUGAAAUGGAAGUUCUGAAGAGUGAUACGAGUCGGGAAAUGAGAAUUCUCAAACAUCAGUUGUCUGUGGCGAAAGGUGAGAAACAGGGGUCCACCAAAAGCUUGGACAGCGUCCAGUCCCUUCUCCAGGAUGCUCGGGGGGAGAAUGCUCAGCUUGUGGGUCGGGUGAACGCCUGCGAAUCCCAGAUAGAGGGGUUUAAAAGGGGGAAAGAAGAGUUGAUCAAAAAGCUGCAAACUGCAGAGUCUACAAUAGAAACCCUUCACCAACACCUAGAAGAGCUCGGAUCGUCUGAUACUCUUACACGUGCGAGGCAUGACCAUGAAGUCGUGGUUGGCGGGCUGCAGAAGAAAUACGAGAAUGAGAUUAAACUUCUGAAGGAGAAUAUAGACAGAUUGAAUGAGUCGGCCCAAGAGAAGAAAGAAGAAAAUGCAAUGCUAAAACAGAAGCUAGCUGAAAGUAUCAAGGAGCAUGAGACGGCCCAGAUUUCCCGUGCUGAGACAAUAAACCGACUUACACAGAGUUUGGAGGAGAGUCAAAAGCGGUGUAGAAACCUGCUAGAAGCAUCCUCUUCACAAGAAAUGAGCCAAAUGAAGAUUCACCUACAACAAGCCCUGGCUGGUCGAUCCAUCUCAGAUGAAAUGUGCUCAAGUCUUCAGGAGGAAAUACAGGACCUUAAAGAACAAGUCCAGAUGCUGGAGUCCGCCUCCAAUCUGGGUGUUUCCAUGGCGACCACCCACCCAACCUCGUCAACAACUGUGUUCCAGGAUGGUAACGACUCUAUGGCAGAUCUUGGUAUUAAGAAGACGCUGGAUUUCGACACUCCACAGGGAACACCAACCAACGUGAAACAUAUAAGCAUGAUCCAUCACCAACACCAACACCAUAGCAGCGCAGAUGUCGUCACCAGCCUGAAAUCAGAGUUAGAGCGAUGUCUUGUGAGUAACAAACAGAAGAGACAGGAGGUGACAGACCUGAAGGAGGAGCUGAGGAAGGUGAAGAAGGAUAUGUUGGAAUACAAGCAGAGGUGUGAGAGGGCAGAAUUGUUGACCCAGGAACACAAGAGAAGAAUAGCAGACCUUGAAUCCUGUAUUAACCCGGGGGAUAAGAUGAACGCCAUAGAGAACAGGCUGAAGAAGGAUGUGGAAAAUCUGAAGAAGGAAAAGAGGAUCUUGUUGGAGGACUGCGAGGAGCUGCAGAAAAGACUUGAAGAAGUUUCAAAUAGUGAGGAGAAACUGACGGAGCUGAACCGUGAGCUUAGCAGGCAGAUAUCAGACAUGGUGAAAGAAUAUGAUAUGGACAAAAGGCAGGCCGUAGAACGAGCCCACCGAGCCAGUGAGCAAGUAUCAGAGACAUCCCGGCGUAAACUACAACAGGAGUUGACCAUACAGUUUGAUGGUGAGAGGUCCAGCAUUAUAGCCAGAUAUGAGGAGGAACUAAACAACAUCAGGGAGGAGUUAAAAACAGCCCAGGAUGAGAUUGACCGGGUGAAAGAUGAAUACUGCAAAUUGUGUGAAGAUAUGGACAAAGUUAAGGCUACACUUGAAAAUGAACAUGCUGAUAAACUUGAUAAAACUGUUGCCGAGGUUAAAGAAUCUAUGCAGCAAGAAAUUGAGCUUGCUAAACUAAGAACUGAAGAAGAUUGUGAUAAGAAGAAAGAAGAUGAGAUUAAAGAGCUCAAGGAGGAAUUUGAGAAAGUUAAAGCUGAAUUGAGUGAAAAGAUUGAUAUUAAAAUCAGGGACUCAAAUUCAACAGCUUUAGAUGAAUGUAGAGAGGAGAAUAGAAGAGCUAUUGAGGAACUUAAAAUGGAACAUGAGAAGGAAGUCAAAGCUGCUCAAGAGAAAUUUGAAGCUGAGAUUAAAGCAAUGAAAGACAUUUUGGAAAUGGAAAAGUCGAAUGAUAUGGAUAAGUUUGAGAAAGAAAAGUCAAAUGAGAUUGAAAAACUUAAGAAAGUGAUUGUUGAUAAAGAAUUGUAUAUCAGUGAAAAAGAACAACUGUUUAGAGAGAAGGAUAAAUUGUUAGCUGAGAAAGAAAGUAUGUUGGAAAAGUUCAGAUCUGAUGUGGGUGGUAAAAGUAGUAUUAUUGAAAGUCUGAAAAAUGAAUACAAGACAAACUUUGAUAGUUUUAGACAAGAAUUGAAUGAUAAAUCAGAAGAGAUUGAAAAAUUGCGAGAAGAAUUAGACAGAAAGAUUAAGGCUAUUGAAGAAAUGAACAGUGAACUAGCAAAUUAUGAGAAAUUAAAAGAAGUGCUUAAAUGUAAAAAUAAUGAAUUAGAAAAACUCAGAACUGAAAUGGAACAAAGCAAGAGUGAGAUUGUAGCUGAAAAGAGUGCAGAGAUUGAUAAGUUGAAACAAGAACUUAGUGAAACUGUUGAGUUAAAAACUGAAGAGUUGGAAAAGAUCAGAAAGGAAUUUGAAAGAGUGGAACUGGAAAAAGACAAUGAAAUUGACAGAUGGAGGAAGGAAGAAAAUGAGAAAGAUGAAGUCGAACAUUUAAGGAAAGAAAUAGAUAAGAAUAUUCAGAAAGACAGGCAGGUGGAAAAUGAAAUGUUGAGAAAGGAAGUUAUUAACUUGAAGAUAGAAUUAGAAAGAUUAGAGACUGAUAAACAAAGUGAGAUUGAUAGAUUGAAUAGAAUGAAACAAACUGAGAUUGAGAAUAUUGAAAAGAAGAGGAAGGCGGAGGUGGAGAAAUUGAAGAAAGACAAGCAGAACGAAGUGGAGAGAGUGGUUACAGAGAAGGAAGAAGAAUUGAUGAUGUUUAAGAUGGCUAAAGAGGAGGAAAUAGCCAAGCUCAAGAAAGGCAAAGGUGUAGCAGAUGCUGAUUUAUUAAGCAAAGUCCGAGACAGACUGAACACAAGCACUGAUGGUGCCGACCUGAACAGAACAUUAGAAAACAAGGUUGCCAUGAGCAAGGUGGUAUGGCUGGAGGAACACCGUGCAACUAGACAAGCUGCUAUAGAGAAUGCUGUGAGACUGGCGGAGACUGAACUUAAGAUGAAAAUGGAAGAGGACUUGAAGAAUAAGACGGAAGCCAGACUAGAAGAAGCUAAAGAACAGUGGCAAAAUGAUAGCCUAUCGAUGUUAGAAGAAGAGAGACGAGCAUGGGACAGCUCAAAGGAAGAAGAAAUCUCGGCUUGUCUGGAAUCUGAGCGACAAAAAUGGGCACGGGAAUUGGAACAGAGGCUCGAAGAAGAGAAACAGAGCUGGCGAGAGUUCGAGUUAGAGACUGAAAAAUUGAAGUGGGCGUCCGAUUUUGAGAGGAAGUUGGAGCAGGAAAAAGAGGGAUGGGUGCGGAAUAUGCUGGAGCCGGCAAAAAGGAAAUGGAAGCAUGAUUUUGAGGAGAAACUGAGGAUGGAGAAGGAAAACUGGAGAUGUAUAGAGCUAGAAACAGAAAAGUUGUCCCUCCUUCAAGAAUAUGAAAAAAGACUUGCCAUGGAGAAACAAUCAUGGAUAAAUAAAAUUCUUCCUGAGGCCCUGGAGAAGGAAAAGCGCAUAUGGAAAGCACACACAGAGGAUGUUUUGAGAAAAAAUCAGGAGAAAUGGAGGACUGUUGACCUUCCAAAGGAGAUGGAAAAAGUGAAAUCCCAAUGCUUGAAGGAGUUUGAAACCCAACUACAAUCGGAACAUGACCGAUGGCGGGAAACAGAGAUGGUGCGAGAAGUUGAGGCUGAAAGAGAGAAGUGGUACAAGGAAAUUGAAGGUCGACUAAGAGAGGAAAGAAACAACUGGAAGAACUGUGACCUGCCUGAAGAGAUCGAGAAAGAGCGGAAGAAAUGGAUGAAGCUGAUGGAACAGACACUGCAGAAAGAGAAAGAGAACUGGAAGACAAAAGACAUGCCGGAACAAGUACAGAGAGUCAGACAGGACCUUGAGGCUGAGAUGGAGAAUAGACUGGUUCAGAAGUUGGGAACAGAAAAAGACAGACUGCAGAAGGAAAGUGAAGCAAAAGUUUUAGAAGCUAUCGAAGAACAUCAGGAAGCAUGUAAACAAGAACUAACUCAUGCAAUAGCUCAAGAGAAAGAACACCUUAGGGAAAGAUUUGAUAAUGCAAUUGCUGAAGAGAGGGAACACCUUAAAGAGAAGUUUGGUGCAGACUUACAGGAACGGUUUGUGAAUGAGAAGAAAGUAUGGAAAGAAAUGGUUGACCAAGAAUUGAGUGAGAAACUAGAAGUGGAAAAAGAGAAGUGGAAAAGGAAAUCUGAAUCAGAUAUGAAUCGCAAGUUGGAAAGUGAGAAGGAUAAAUUGAAAAGUUUGUUGAAUGCUGAUUUUGAGAAGAAGUUGGAAGCUGAGGUGGUUAAGAGACUUGCAAUUGAAAAAGAUAAGCUUAGGAGCUCGUUGAGGGCGGAUUUUGAGAAAAAGUUUGAAUUUGAGAAGAAACUUAUUAGAGAACAGUUGGAAGAAGAUUUUGAUGAGCAUAUGAAGAAUGAGAUUGAUAGGUUGAAGGAGAAGUUUGAACAGGACGCUAGAGAAGACUUUGAUCACUUGAAAUCCAAAUUUGAUAAUGAGAGAGGAGAAGAAUUGGAGAGAUUGAGAAUGCAAUUAGAGGAAGAGACACAGAUGAAUUUGGAUAACGAAAGAGAGUUGAUGCAUCUGAAGAGUGAUAGGGAGCUAGGAAGGAAAUUGGAACAGGAGGAAGAGAAAUGGAAAAAUGACUUUGAGAAAGAAUUGAGUCAGAAGCUGCAGAAUGAGGAGAUCAAGUGGAAGGAAAUGAUUGAGAAAGACAUUGAAGCUAGAUUAAGGGAAGAGAAAAGUAAAUGGGGUAAAGAAUUAGAAGAAGAGAAAGAGAAGUGGAAUAAGGAAAAGGCAGAAGACUUGGGGAAAACAGUUAAGAAAGAGACUGAAAAAUUAAGGCAAGAACUGGAGGAUGAAAAGAUGGAAGAAAUCAGGAAAGCUGUCGAGGACACUGAAGAUAGAUUGAAAUCUGAAUUGGACGAAGAUAUGGAGAAGUUCAGAGUCGAAGUGGAGCAAGAGUUUCAUAACAGGAUUGAACAUGAGGUGACGAUGGCUGUGGAGGAAUCUCGUGAGGACUGGAACCGAGAAUACAUGAUGGAGAUGUCCAUAAACACGACCAGUGCAGAGGCCUCACAGGGGCUACUAAAAGAGGAGAUAGAAAACCUGAAACACCAGUUGCAGAUUGUCCAAUCAGAAUUGCAAGACAAGGAAAAGGCGUGGCUUAAGGAGAGAGAAGAUAUUUUUCUACAGAAAGACCUGGAAAGAAGACGGGACUUGGAAAAUCAACAGACAAAGACUGAGGCGGAGUACAGACAGUUUCUGGAUGAGCACAAGGACACGCUGGACAAAGCCUUGAAAGCUGCCCGGGAACAACAUAACCAGGACAAGGCUGAGUUAGAAGGAAGAUUUGACAACCAGUUGAAAUUACUUCAGGUUAGAGAAAAGUCCCUCCAACAACAACUACAACAGGCUCUGGACGGUUCUGAGGAUCACCAUGAAAACCUUGCUGAGCUUGAGAAGGAGAGAAUCAUGUGGUUUGAUGAGAGGGACAGACUUCUUCAGGAUAUAGCUGAUAGGGACAGCCUGCUGGGAAAGGCUGAUGUGCAUCUUUCAAAGGAGGUUGAUAAAUUGAGGUCUGAACUGCAAGCAGCAUACCAAAGACGUCUGGAGGCGGAGAUGACUUCUUUCCGACAAAAGAUGGAGUCUGAGUAUGCCAGGGUGAAUAACUCUGAACAGAAGGAGAAACUGCUGUUGGAGAAACAGCUGAGUGAGAUAAACACGGAGCUGAACAAACUGAAGAACCAGCUGCAUGAUGAGAGGACGAAACAUGGCGAUGAGAUGAAGGACAUGAAGCAGAAACUGAAUGAGAUAGAGAAGAAACUAGAAGACCACAGUCGACUGGAGGGCGAACUGAUGAAGGCCAAGGAACUAUUGAAGGGAUACAAAGAUGAGCUAACAGACCACCAGGAAAAAAUAGAAAAACUGAAAUCAGAAAAGGAAGAAUUAACAGUCAAACUCAACAAAACAUCACAGAGUCUUGAUAAACACCAGACGGAGCUCCAGACCAAAUCCUCAACCUUGGAAAACAUGGAGGCCUCGUUCAGGAAGGACCUGUCAGCUUACAAACACAAACUUGAGGAAGCUAACAACAGAAUCAUAAAGACAGAGAAACAUCUUCAUGAGAUGAAACUGAAAUACAGAACCGAGCUGGAAAGUCUUCGUAAGGCCUUGGAAGCUGAGAAUGAUACAGCGAUGAACGCCAUGAAGAACAAGAUGAUCGAACUCCAGAAAAAGCAUGUGGAAAUUGUCGACCAGUUGAAGAAAAAACACCUCGCUGAGCGGGAACAGUAUAUGAAGGGGCAGGCUGUGUCAAGGGGCGUAACUCCUACACCAAAUAUGCAUGGAGAUGUCGAGGAGAUAGACCAGGCAGUGAAGGAACUCCGCUCACAAUAUCUCGAUACCGUCGCAAAAAUCAAGGAUGAUGUACUGCGUCACAUCACUGAGACCAAUGUUCGUGCGGCGGAGACUGUGAAGUUUGAGAUGGACCGAGAACGCAUGACCACCUUCCAGCAGAUCAAGGAGUUCUACAGACAGAAUGUGCGCACAAUUCUGGAGACUGAACUUGUUGGGGCCACCUUGGAGAGCAAACUACUGGCUGUAGAAGAAGCACUGGACCAGCUCUCGAGCAAUCCGAGCUCCCGAUCAACCACUCCCAAGUCUGACGAAUUCAUCUUGGACGAGCGUCAAUUGAAGUCACGCUCUCGAUCAGCAUCGAGGGAUGCAGGAAUUUCACCGAAAGGUCAAAGGUCUGUUUCAUUCACGAGUGGCACAAAAGGUGAAAGGUCGCACACGCCUGUGUUAAAUUCCGGGAAAGAUUUGAAUGCUUCUCUAGGCUUUGAAGACCCACGUAGUCCUAAAAAUAGAAUCUUUACAAAAUCACCCCGAGAUGGGAAUGUAACCCUGCGUGGGGAACACAUCAAUGACAAUUCAGACUUGUGGGCAUCUGAAGAUUGGAAAAAUGAAUCAAUGAAAAGCGGUUCUUUUGACACAAGGAAACCGGAAAAUCGACCUACCUCCGCUAGAUCUGCUAGAGAAAAUCGUGAUUUUGACACUCGAGUUCGUGAAAAUCGACCCCUUUCGGCAAAAUCACCAAGAGAGCUGCAUAUGUCUCUUAGGCAGCGGGGAUCAGAGUAUGAUUACAAUGAAUCGGAAUUAGAUAGAAGUCGCAGCGAUAAGCGUAGGUCCCGGACACUCAUUUCUACACGAGACAUACACUCUGGACGUUACAAUAAGAGUGCAGAGGGCGAGGAAACCAUUGAGGACCGAUUACGUUACAACGGAGAUAGUCGAUCGAAGAGCACGACUCCUAUGUAUAGCAGUUUGGCUAGAUCUUCUCCCUCGUUGUAUAGACCAACAUCAGUGCCAGAUUUAAGUUGUGAGGAUAAAGAACUGAAAAUCUGGACGGAGACAAAUAAUGACACUUAUCGCUACACACCAUUACGUGAUACAUUAAGAAGCGGUACAAACCUGCAUCGUAAUAAUAGCAAAUCAGAAUCUGAUUUAAGUAUUGCUGAUAAAAACUUUGCUCCCAUGAAAGGGGAGUAUGAUUCAAAUCUGGAUUUGUCAUCUGGAAGUUUAACAUCAGAUGCAUUUUUGACGCCAAGAAAAGCACGGGACGCGGGUGAAACCCCAACAAGUACACCCCGUAGACAUUACCAUCGUAAACAUUACACCUUACACAGUUUCCCUACCCGCGAUCAGAUAAGUAGUGAAUUGCGUAAUCGUGAACAAUCUACAAACAGUGAUUUGCGUAAUCAAGAACAAUCACAAGGCAAUGAUCCAACGAAUGCUUCCUUUAACUUAGCAAGGAACAACGAGAAUGGUGUGAAUUCUCCAAUAGCUGGUAGAACAUCGAGAAAGAAUCUUCCGUUGAUCCAGUUUCGUCAGGGGAAGGUGCAGGGACUCACAAAAAUGCCGGUAACCAGCAGCAAAUCUCCACACCCAGAAGAUGGAGUGAUGAUGCGGGAUACCCCACCCACUAGAGAUAACAACGGCAUGCAGGACAGGCCCUACAGGCCCCUAUCUGUUUCGUCAACACCUCACAUGAACUUUUGAGCAUAGACCUUAGACUCUGAAAGUACACACAGUGUGUUAUAGGCCAUAACGUAUGUCAUCAAUGCCUCAUUUGAAAUGCUUAUGAAUGCCCGAUGCGCUAUAGGCCACUUAUGCUUUGAACGCUGAUUAUAGAAUAAGGUUGACAUAAUGGUGGUUAAUCUGUGCUCUGUGUCCUGUCAGAAAGAGUACUUAUGUUCCAUAAAUGCCACAAAGGAACUUAUGAGAUAAAAAAAUGGCCUGUAAGUUAGUACUAAAUGUACAGUUUUUGUAACUCUUUGUUUUUAUUUUGGUGACCAGGUUUUUAAGAUUUUGGGAUUAUGUUAAAAGAGAUACUAAUUUCAAAAGCACAGGAUGUCAAUUUUAUGGAAAGUAGUGAACAGAAAAUUUCAUAUUGUUCUACCAUUGGUGCAUAUUAUGAUUUGAAAGGUGAAUUUUCAUAACAACAUGUCAUUAGAAUAUUAAAUUAUUUGAAUAGCUACAUGACUGCCACUAAUUACAGCGCUUCCAUUAAGGGAAGUUUAGAAGUAUAUUACUCCCUAUAAAAAGGCUUGAACUUGAGUCCUUGAAGUAAAGAAUCCUCCAUCGCUUUGGUGAAAACUUCCAAAGUUGAAGGUUCGGAAGUUCAAAAAAUCAAAAUGUCAAUGUUACUUUAACAGACACAAUUAAAUUAUUUUAAUAUAAAUUUUCAAAUUGGCAACGGAUAGUUGCAAAUUAUUUAAUUGUAAUAAUAACAAUGAAAUGAUUCCUAGUAUUCGAGAGACUUUAACUUCCACAUUUCCUAGAACAACUUACAAAAAUGGCAAGAGAGUUUAUACUUUAGUUUCUAAUUCUUAAUGGAAGUCCUGUGCUUAAAAUCAAUAUGAAAUGGGUAGUUUAGAAUCAGGAAAUGCAUAGUUUGUAUCAUAUGUUACUGUCUAACAGUGGUUCAAGGGUUUUAACCAUUUUUGUUUUGAAAGAGAAUUAGUUAAAAAAAUCAGAAUUUUAAUUUUGCACUGUUUGAGAACUUCAAGACUGUAUGUAGAUAGAUUCUGUAAUCAGACUCGACACUAAGAGGAUGUAAAUCCAUAUAUAAAUAGGAGAUACAUCUGUCUGGCGUUCAGCCUUAGGUUUGUAUUCUUGUUACUUGGUGAAAGGUUUUUAAAAGAUAUUUUCAAUUUUUCAGAUUUAUUUAUUUAAUGAAUGAUCCAUUUUUUUCAUUACAUUGUUUCAGAAAUCAGUUCUAAACUUAAUUCUUGAAUGAAAGUUCUUCUCUUUAUAAAAUUUAGGAAAAAAAAUAAUUUAGAUAUGUUUUGGUUAAGUGGUAUUUUUCCAUUUGAAAAAAGAGAAAUAUUGAUAAUUGAACAAAAACUUAAAUUGAACCGUAAGAAAUUUUCUUUCAGUAACAGAAUUCUGAGAUUCAGAAAAUCUACAACAAUGCUAAGAAAACAAAAGACUCCGGAUAAAUAAAGAUGUUUCUAACUCAAAGUACACAUGUAUUUAGAUCUUGAGGCAGUAUUUAGUAAAGCUCUUGCGAGUAUUCUUAAUUUGAAGAGAAAAAUCUGAGUGUUUUAUUGGACUAUAGAAUUGACUGACCAAUGCACCAAGACUGGUUUAUGAGUUAAAAUUAAAAUUAGAAUUAAAUUGAAUACUGACUCUUAGUUAUGUAUACAUGUUCACAUACAUGUAAUUUGGCAUUUAUUUGAAUCUCGUAUUGCAUUUAUCUUGUUGAUGAUUAACUGUGUGUUAAAUUUGGCUAGUAUUGUUGAAUUUUCGUUUUUACUCAUAACAUUAAACGAUUUGUAUUCUGUGUGUACACAAUGCAGACGUGAUACGUCUUCAUGAACUGUUAGAAAUGGUGAAGAAUUUCGAGACUCAGUGAAAUAUCUGAACUCAGUUAAACAGGGAUGUGAUUUGUCUGCAGAUUUCCGCAGAGAUAAUACCUCCGUGGACAAAACUGGUUGUUACUUUAUUUGUUGCAAGUAUGACAUUCCAGUUUGUGUUAAACUUGAUGAUAGGAAUGCACUCUAUAGGGCUUCUAAAACACCUGUUUUCCUUUAGCGACAGGUUGCUUCAACCCCUCUGACUCCCUUUUGGGGCCUAAAGUGACCCCAAAACCCAUCCCCAAAAUUGUUUCAGCCCUUCAGUAGCCAAUUCAAUCACAUCUGCGUUUAUAGUUUCCAGACAGUAUUGUAAUUGUUUAUGGAGUGGUAUACAUUAAGAUAUACAUAUAUAUGCAAUAGACAUUAACAAAAAUAGAAAUACAGCCAUAAAAUGCAGCUAGAUGUUAUUAGGGUUGGUUUGAAGCGAAAAGGUUCUAAAUGAUAUGAAACAAAAUAGCAGAUAGAAUGUUUAUGCUUAAGCCUAUCAUGUUGCUGUCUCAAUAUAAAAUGUAGCUACAUGUAUUAUUAUUAUGUUAAAAUUGUGAUAUUUAUAGGCAUUCCGUCCAUGUAACAUUACUUAUAUUGUUGUGUAUUUGUAUAUAUUUGUAAAUAUGUUUAUAACUUUUAGUUUGCUUCUUUUGGCAUUGUUUUGUACCUGAAGAUGUAAAUUAAGUUAAUUCAAAUAUUCAGUUCAAAUCUAGAAUUAUUUUUGGGGGAAAAAUUCAAAUUGAUCAUGGAAACCACUUAACAAUGAUUUUUUAUGCCUGUAUUAGUUAAAUGGUUAAUGACAAAAAUGGUAAAAAUAUUAUUCCUUUCCGUAGGAUUUUCGACUUCAACAUGUUAAGUUCUCUGCGAUUCUUUAAACACCAUGUCAUUCAAAGCUUGAACUGCCUUCAAUUGUUUUUAAAAUAUAUGAUGAUUUGAUUUGAUUUUGUUAAUAUACCGUAUUAUUAAUGUACACAAUAUCCAAUGCUCUGGGCAAGACAGACUUAACUCUGUUCUUUCUAUAAGGAGUUUAAUGUCCAUAUUGCCUUAUACCUCAAUGUAUGCUUGGACUGCCCUUCAGUUUUCGAAAUCCAACCUUCUUAUAGCGGAAAAGCUUUGUGAAUCAUUCUGAUUCAUUAACGACAGGUCCCGGGUCAUUAUUGGCUCGCAACCAUAAUUUGCUCAUGUUGAUUUUGCAUUUUUCGAUUACAUAAAUGAUAUCAUCAUAUCAUAAAUAGCAGCUAGAAAUACUAUAGUUUUCACCUCAUAGCCUGUGCUGUAGUUUGUAUUUUUAAACACACAGAUAACACGUAGCUUUUUCUUUUUAACUGUUUCUACAAAAGUAAACAGUAAAUGCUAAAUUAGCACUGAAAGUGUAAGGCAUUGUUAGAAUGAAAUGAACUAGGCUGUAAAAAUAUAAUAUGAUGAUAGUUGUAAUACAUAGUUUGCAUUCAGUAUAUAGGUGCUCAAUCAUUUUCUGAGGUUUUCGCUAUAGCUUCCUUGAAAAUGUCCAUCCAAAUGCUACGCCUCAUCAUAAACUAUAUUGUUUAAGAUAAAAGCACCCGUCCUUAGUGUUGAGCGAGAAAUGCCAUAUUAGCCGCUGCACAUGUGGUAGCAUUUAAAUAACUCCCUUAUUUAAACCAAUAAUUGAUAAUGACUAAAUAGAAAUUUCACUAUUGUUUUCGUUAGAGGCUUUCUCAAUGAUUGAACGUGAAUUCUAUAGGAAUAUAUUAUGAACACAUGCUCUGCAAGGUGUAUAUAUUCAGCAAGUUCCAUUACUUAUAUAUUACCUAAAUAAUUGUCAAGUUAUAUCCAUUUAUAAACUAAGAAAAACAUAAAAAUUUGGAUUUGGUGCAUACAAUGUAAUAUGUUGUUUGGUUUGCUGGCUAGAAACAUUGCCCAUUAAUCAAGGGCUGUCAGGUCUAUAAAAUUUAUUUUUUCAAGGAAGCUUUAAUAUUGUUCCAAAUUCAGGGGUGAAUGCAAAAAGGUUCUAAGUGACAUUAAAUAAAGAAGCAGAUAGAACCUUUUCGCUUUUCACCCCUCGCAAUGGAGGAGACAAAAUAUGACUCAGCUAUCACUAGGCUAGCACUAUAGAUGGCUAUUGAUUCAUUAAAAUGAACUAAGGUUGUUCUAUAUGAAGCAUCGUAAAGCUGGCUUAUGAACUUAUUAAGCUUGUUACAUAGCAUGCAAGCUUUAAGUUCUACGUGAAUCACAGUGUUCUGCUGUAAAUGUUUUAUGGCGACUGUUUUAAAACCAGCAUUUUAGAGCAGUGUAUCGUUAUUCAUGGGCUUGGCAAGAAAAGGGUCCAUAUUCACUGAUGUCUUAAGUGUGAGUUUCAGACUCAAAUCUGCAAAUCUUCAUUUUUUUGUAAAUUAUUCUUUAAUGGGUGAUACUGGUAAUACUGGCAAUAUAUGUUGCAAAUAAUGUGUUAAACACUUAUUUAUGCCAUUUCUGUCAUAAACAAUUAUAUAAAAGGUAAUUUACAGUGGUCAAAAUUAACACACGCCCGCAAGCUUAAAUUUUUUGAUGCCAAGCAAUAGUAUAAGAAUUCGGGCUUGUUCAUCCAAUAGUCUUACUUCGAUGUCUGAAUGUAUAACAUUAAAGAACUCGUGUUACCAAACCCGAGUCUCAAACUCAGUCUCAGGAUGUAAGUGAAUAUGGGUCAAUGACGUACAUGUAACUCCUAUUAUAUAGUUACAUCAUUCUGGCAACGAGCCCACAUACUAUAGUAGAAGAUGUUGUUGGAUUAUUUUCGAGAAGGGCAGUCAAUUAAGCAUUGAAAUAAAACUACUUCACAAAGAAGAAUCAUAAUAUUAUUAAGGUUAUUGUAAUGAACUCACCAUAGAUCUGUUUACAUCUUUUUUGUUUGUUCAACUAAAAGUUAUUAUUUGUUGUAAAGCAUUAAUUUUUUUAUCUUUCUUAGUGUUUGCCGCAUAAUGUCUCUAUGUUAGCCACUCGCAUAAAAAACCACUGUAACUCUGUAUAAAAUCAAUUCAUUACUUAAUGGUACUUGGCAAUGACAUGGGCAUUAACACUUUAUCAUCCAAUGUUUGAAUUUUAUCCACUUUUUAAAAAAUAUCUCAGUUUUCUCAAUUUCUUCUAUAGAACAUCUUAAAUAUUUGCCACUCAGUUUCAUGCAUUUUGUAAAUCCAUACUUUCUAUUGUACAUUUUUUUUCUUUUUAUAUCUUAUGACUUUUCAAAGAAUCUCUCAAUAUUCUCAAUAUCUUAAAAUAAUAACUCUUCAUAUGCCAUUCAUGUAUUCUGUAAUUCCAUACAUUUUGUUGUAAAAAAACAACAACACCACCAUAUACCAUUUUAAGGUUGCCAGAGCAGAGCAUUUUUAGUAUACCAACGUUUUCAAAAAUCAACCAGUCAGUAGUAUUAGCUACCAUAAUUUAGUAAAAUGCAUAUGAACCAGUCCAAGACACUUGAAACUAAAAUCAAUGCACCUUAAUUUAUAUUUUUGCUUGUUUAAAGUACUUGACUCUAUUCAUAGAUGGGGAAAAGGUUCUAUCAGCAGAUUAAUUUAAUGUCACAAUUACUGCCUUUCACUGUCAUCCCUUGUUUAAUAAAUUGGUCUUGCCAUGUGUGGUGUAUAUUUGUAUAUAAUACCUGUAUAUAUAUCUCAUCUAUUUAUAUAUUUUUAUACUCUUGUGAUUUGCUAAUAUGACAUUAAAUACAGAAUU